ACUGCCCAACUUAGUUAUCAGUAUCAGUAAAAUCCACUAUCAGUCAACCUCUAGAGUAUACUCACUAAGGCAACGUGGUCAAACGGGCGAGCCGAUCCGGAACGCGCAAAAAUGAAGUAUACCUGGGCCUUUAGUGUGUCAGAAGUUGCAAUAAGAGGAAUCUGCACUUUAAUGCCUUUAGCUACUGAAUUGGAGGUGUACCUGUGGAUGUGUUUUAAGGCCUACCUUCAAACUCAGUGCCUCUUUGCUUGACAUCAUGGGAAAAUCAAAUUAAAUCAGCCAAGACCUGAGAAAAAAACUGUGGACCUCCACAAGUCUGGUUCAUCCUUGGGAGCAAUUUCCAAAUGCCAGAAAGUACCAUGUUUAUCUGUACAAACAAUAGUAUGCAUGUAUAAACGCCAUGGGAACACCAUGAGAUGCAUUCUGUCUCCUAGAGAUUAAUGUAGUUUGGUGCAAAAAGUGCAAAUCAAUCCCAGAACAACAGCAAAGGACCUUGUGAAUGUUGGGCCUCAUGUAUUCAGAUAGAAGACAAAGGCAGGCCUAACACAGUCGUAUAAACAUAACUCAAGCCCCCACCUUCUAAGUCAUAAAUUUUACUGAUAAAAAUCUCGCCAAAAUCAAACAAAGGGAGUCCAAAACAGACUACAGAGCCAUGAAGCCUUGCUCACUAAAGGAUCGAGCGCUCAACUCCUAUUGGAUGAGGCACACAACAGAACGUCCCUCAAACAUGACAUCAUCAGGAGUUGAAAUAAUUCUGAAAUGUGUCCAGAAUUCGCUUCCAGUGACUUAGUCCACCGAAUAUGGACGUAGCUUUUUGCUGCUCUCAGGUGCAACCUCGUGGCACAAGGAAGUAAUGUCUGACUUGAAACUGUAGCCAUACAAUCUCCAUUUCGCUGGACGAGUUGAGAUUACUCUGUGUUCAACUGAACACUCUAACAGAUCCGAAGGAGACCGCCGAGCAAUUUGCAUCUUCAUCCGCUGGCCUACAGAAGUGAAGAGAUUAAAGAUUUCUCUUCUAUCUUCAAUCAAGUCGACAUUUCUGAGUUCUCUGCCAGCACGCCGAGAAUCAACAGCUGUACCGCCCGCCGACAGAGUGAGGAAACGGCCUCCCGUCAUCACCCGAGCCUCAAGGAACCGGGUCAGGGUUAAAGGACGGAGGAAAACACAUUCUACCUGUGUCCUCAUGCGAUACAAGUGCCCGUAUCUUGCAGUGCACCUGUCUCCGGCCAUCCCUGUUUUUGCAGUGUUGCUCUUCUUCUUCGUAAUGGCCAUGCUGCUCAGAACCAGCUUCAGUGAUCCAGGGGUGCUGCCGCGGGCACUGCCGGAGGAGGCCAAUUUCAUUGAGAUGGAGAUUGAGGCAGCCAAUGGGAAUGUCCUGGCCGGACAGCGGCCUCCCCCCAGGAUCAAGAAUGUGCAAAUCAACAAUCAGAUCGUCAAGCUGAAGUACUGCUACACCUGCAAGAUCUUCAGGCCCCCUCGUGCUUCCCACUGCAGCAUCUGCGACAACUGUGUGGACCGUUUUGACCAUCACUGUCCCUGGGUUGGAAACUGUGUAGGAAAAAGGAAUUACAGAUACUUCUACCUGUUUACACUCUCCCUGUCUCUGCUCACCAUCUAUAUCUUUGCCUUCGACAUCGUCCAUGUGGUUUUACGUUCUGUGGACUCAGGAUUUGUGAACACUCUUAAAGAUACUCCUGGAACUGUUUUGGAGGUUCUAGUAUGUUUCUUUACCCUCUGGUCUGUGGUGGGAUUGACUGGCUUCCACACCUACUUGAUCUCCCUCAACCAGACCACCAAUGAGGACAUUAAAGGCUCGUGGUCAGGAAAGAACCGUGUCCAGAACCCAUACAGUCACAAGAACAUCAUCAAGAACUGCUGUGAGGUUCUGUGUGGCCCUACAUACCCCAGUGUUUUGGACAGAAGAGGGGUGAUGUUGGAAGAUGCAUGUAACUCCAUCCCUUCUGAUGCAUCUGUUGCUCCUACCACUAAAAGCAGCAACCCUGCAUCACAAACCACAAAACCCACAGCUCCUUUGAUCCCUAAUGAACACACUCCUGAUGAAGCAAAACCUGGCAUUGCUGCAGGCACCCAGAAGUCCAGCAGCUCCCCUAAAGAAGAGAAACCUCCCUCUUCAAGAGACACUCUAUCAACAUCCCCCAAUGCCGUUGCCCCUGCGGUCAUCAAAGAGUCUGCCCACUAGCUUUGGCAGCAUUCUCUAGAUUUCUCAAAAAACCUCUGAAUGUGCUUACAUUGAGGAACACGCACAGAAAAACUGUUCAUGUACUGCAGGGCUGUUUGACACUGAUGUUCAGAACAGGGGCUUGUGUUCUCUGCUACUCUCACAGAAAUGGGGCCCCUCUGCCUGGUUCCUGCGCUAACACUCCAGAAAACAUCUGAAGGUCUUGAUUACUCUCCUCUUUAAAUCAAAGCAUGAUGAAACUCACAAUGAGGGAAAUGCGUAGAGCCAUUGACUGAAUCGGUUGUUGACAAGAAUGGGCUACCAAGACGCCUAAUAAGGAAACUCUUUGUAUUAAAAAACUUGUAAAAUGUU